CUCGCUGCGUCUUUGCUCCAUGGCCAUCCUUGCUGCAGCUGUCCCGUGGAAGGGGGAGCUGUGAGCUCAAGCUUCGGGCUUUGGAGCUCGCGGAGCUCAGCGCGAUACCCUUACCGGCCGGUGAGCGAGGCGCGUGAAGUCUGAGAAGCAUUUCGGCGCCCUCGUGAGCGCAAUUGACCGAGAAGGGUAGCCCUACCGACCGUCGUAAUUCCGCCGCCGGUCAAUUCCGUCAUAGCUUGUGUUCCUGAACGAUCGCCUUCUUCCACUUGCGGGGAAAUUGUUGGCUUCGAGCGCGGUGACCCGGCUCCAGGUUGCGCUGCCAUCCAACUGCAGGGUUGCAUCUGAUGAAAGAACCCUUGGUCAUGGGAGCCGUGUACCGGAAUACAUAAGUAGAGCCCCCCUGCCCGCAGGACGCCGUUUUCCUGACACCUCUGGAGCCUGCUUUCGCUCCCCCUCGUCGAUUGGGAACUCAUGAUGAAGCUGUCGGCUGUGAUUUCGAUACUCGCCGCUACUGCGCUCGCGCAGUACAGCGCGCCUAACGACACCAUCGGACCCAAUGCGGACGGCAAGUACGAGAUCUCUGCGGAGGGCAUCCGGGGCUUGUUUAUCCCAUACGGCGCGUCGAUUUCCAACCUGUUCAUCAACGAUACAAAUGGAAUUGAGCGCGAUAUCGUGCUGGGGUUCGACAAUGCGAGCCACUACUCCGUGGAUCAAUUCCAUCCUCAUCUUGGAGGCGUUCCUGGACGCUACGCGAACCGCAUCAAGAACAGCAGUUUCGUGAUCGAUGGCGUCGAAUACCACGUCGAGCCCAAUGAGAACAACAACAAUGAUACCCUGCAUGGUGGACCAGAUGGAUGGGACUACAGGAACUUCACCGUUGUCGCACACACCUCCGACUCGAUUACCUUCUCGAUAGUCGAUCCCGACGGCAAGGAGGGCUUCCCGGGUGAGGUCAUCAGCUACAUCACAUACACGAUGACGCCGCAUACCUGGAACAUCAAGAUGGUGGCUCUAGCAACGACCAAGAAGACGCCGAUUAUGCUUAGCUCUCACACCUACUGGAAUCUUGACGCUUUCGCGAAUCCGGACACACCGACGGCGCUCAAUUAUACGCUCCACAUGCCCUACUCCGGCCAACGCAUAGGCACCGAUGGCAUUCUUAUCCCCAAUGGCACCAUUCUUCCGAACGAACUGUACUCCGUGAAUGACUUCUGGUCCUCGCCCAAGCAGAUUGGCGCCAACUUUACUUCUCCGGAUCUGCUUGGCAACUGCGGGACCAAUUGCACUGGGUACGAUACUUGCUAUCUCGUCAACCGCGCGCAAAAUGGCCCCUACGAUUGGCGAAGCGGGGGUCCGGUGGCUAGCCUCUCCAGCAACUUCACGGGCAUCCAGAUCGAUAUCUUCACAGACCAGGAUGCCUUCCAGGUGUACAGCUGCGGUGGGCAGAAUGGUACCCUCCCAAUCAAGUCGACUCAAGGCUAUGAGGGCCGUCCUCGCGUCGUCGAGCAGUUUGGCUGCAUCGUCAUGGAAGUUGAGGAUUGGAUCGACGCCAUCAACCAACCGGAGUGGCAGCGAGACAAGAAGAACAUUUUCGGUCCCGGCGACGAUCCGUAUGUGCUGGAGGCGGCGUAUGUUUUCUCAGUCAAUUAAUUGCUCCUGGGAUAGAAAGGAGACGUAAUGGUAGCAAGGAAAACGGCCCAAUACAGGGAGCUUGAGGGCUUCGGAUAAUGGGAUAAUUCAAGAAUUACAUUUC